AUGGAGAAGACGAUGGAGCUCCACCGUGCCUAUAUCCACAUGAGCCCUAAUUGGAGAAAUGGUUUGAAAUUGAUUUGGGAGAAUUAUUUUGGAUGGAUAUGUUUGGAUUUGAUUUUGGGAGAUUUGGUUUUGGGAGGUCUCCGGACAACAAUGGCCAUCGUGUGGAAACCAGCUAGGAACUUUUCUAUUAGAGUGAUCGGGCCAAACAUUUUCCAGUUCUUGUUUCAGUGUGAGGAAGACAAACUGAAGGUGCUGAAGGGAAAAACAUGGACGUUUGACGGUCAAUACUUAAUCCUUAAAGAAUGGCGAAAAGGGGAAACUGACUUCAGGGAUGAUGAAUUGAAGGUGGAUUUAUGGGUUCAAAUCCACAAGUUGCUGUUGCACUUGAUAUCUGCAGAAACAGGUGUCAAAAUUGGGAAAUUAUUCAGCAAUGUGUUAGAUGUGGUGGCUCCAGAUGCGAGAUCUAAUGAUGGUAGAAUAGUCAAGAUAUUAGCAGAGGUGAAAGUGUCUGAACCGCUUCCUAGAGGAACCAUGAUCAAAUUAGGAAGGGAAGAACACUGGGUUGAGUUUAGAUAUGAAAAGUUGCUGGGGUUCUGCUUUUAUUGUGGUAGAAUAGGACAUAAUGAGAGACAAUAUGAUACAAAAAAAGAAGAUAUCCAAAGGAAUGUGUUCAAAACUGGACAGUAUGGGGACUGGCUAAGAGCAAUGGGGGGUGGGUUUGAGGAUUUGAGGGACAAGAAGUCAUCUACCCCUAGUAACUCUCCAAAUAUGGUGUCUUUAGCCAGCCAAAUGCAUCAACCUGGGGUAGAGUUGGGUGGGGUUAGCAAAGAUGAGAGGUCUAUAGCGGUUGUUAACCAUGAGAGUGAAAAGGGGGGAAAGUCAAGUGGGGAUGGAUAUAAGACUCCUCUAAAGGUAGGUAAAAGUUUUGAGGAGGGAGGGGAGCUGGGCAUGAAUGCUACACCUAAACCAAUAGAUAAAGGGCCUAGUUUGGUGCCUAUGGAAGUUGAUGCUCUCAAGGAAACUGGGGUUUCUGGGGAACUAGUGGAGGUGGAAGUGCAGUCUGGCAAUAUUGCAAACAAUAAUACCAAGGCUCCUAAAACUUUCACUAGAAUCCCCAGAAAUAAGAAAGAAGAAAAACAUGAGAAAGCUACUGAUAUUGUUUCUAAUCCUGGGGUAAAGAAUGUGUGGAAGGUGGCUGGUUUAGAAUGGUGUUGCUUGCAGAAGGGGGAGAUGAACUUUAGAGAUUGGUGGGAAGAAGUAUGUAAGGUGAAGGCUGAAAGUUGUGGCAAAGAUAGGGUUGCAUUAUCCACAUACAUCUUAUGGUGGCUGUGGAAAACUAGGAAUGGAUGGGUGUUUAAUGGGGAGUGGGUUUCUGAGAAACAAUUGGUGGAUUGUGCUUAUAGAGAGUGGAUUGAAUAUGAUAAUAUUGUCUCAUAUGGGUUAAUUGCAGGGCCAGGCCUCAACUCUAAUACCAGGGAGGAUACUGAAGACUUGCAAGGGGUAGGGGAACAUUCAAAUGUUCUCAGUGCUAAUGGGUCUUCAGAAUCAGGCUUUCAGGUAGUAGGGUUGGCUUAUCACAACAAUAUUAAGGUUAGCAGAUAG